AUGUCUGCUGGUGGUUAUCACACUGUUGCCAUUGUUAAGGGAUCUGAAUGCUAUCAGACUUUGCAAGAAUCAUUUGCAACAGUAUUCAAUGAAAUAAAUGAAUUAAUACAAGACAAGCAACCAUUAACUAUAAAUAAUUCUUCAUUUAAUCUUGAGUUUUCCUUGGUGGUGAUUACAAGUUUCUGUUGUUGAUGCUUGGUAUGAAAGGUGCCACAUCUAUUUAUGCAUGCCUGUGGUGCAAGAUAGUAAAAACCAACAGAUGGAAUAUGGAAUUUGACCUGGAGCACUACAAUAAAUCUCCACUUCAGAGAACACUACAGGAAGUCAUUACAUUAGGCAGGAAGAAAGGAAAUACAGAAAAAUACUCAUGUGAACAUGAACCACUUUUAAAAGUAGACCUAGACCAUGUAGUUUUGGAUGAACUGCACUUACUUUUACAUAUAAUGGAUGUUCUAAUUAACAACUUAGUGAGAGAAACAGUUGAAUGGGACAAAAAGGAAAAUUUCAACAAGAGAAAAGCUAACCAAAAUGACACCCAUUUGAAAAAUCUGCAAACAAGCAUUAGAUCCUGUGGUAUUUCAUUUCAAAUAUGGGAAAAGACAAAUGCAGAUGGUAAAGGGUCAGGAAUGUACGAUUUCACUAGCCUACUUGGAGCUGAUAAAAAGAAACUUCUCGCUGAGUUACCAGAAAAAUUGUCAAAUUGUAUUCACCCUGAAAUAAGUCAAAUGGUUAUAAAAAUAUGGAAAGACUUUCAUGAACUUUAUCAAAUAAUCACAAGCAAAAACCCCUCUAUCCCAACAUACCUCACUUGUUUUGAUAAAGCUUAAGCGUGGAUCAAUUUAUUUACAUCUCUACGAGACAAGUUAAUUGGUUAUGAAAAGGCAAAUGUUACUCCAUAUAUGCAUGCACUUGUCUAUCAUGUUCCACUUUUCAUGAAAAAGUACACAUCAGUCAAACCAUUUACUGGUCAAGGGGUGGAAAAAAACAAUGAAAUGGCCAGAAAUGUUGUUCUCCACAAGUCGAACAAGAGAACUCCUGCUGCUGAUAUCUUACAAUUGGAAUUUCGACAAUGGCAGCUGCGUGAGAGGGAACGUUCUAAAUGGAAAUAUACCAAGAAAUAUGAUGCUUACUGGGAGACAGAAAUCAAAGAGAAACAAAGAAAAGAGGGUGAAAAAUAA